GUUCUGGACUAUCUUAAUCAAAGCUAACUUUAAAAGCAUCCACCGAAAAACACAAAAAAAAGAGAGAAGAACAAACCAAAACCAAGAAGAAGAGCUUAAAAAAUGCGAAUCCAAAUGCCGAAAUCAUAGUGGCCAUCUGCAAGAUUUAACAGUUGUAUAAAUGGGCGUGGAGCCUACUUCGAUUCCACCACACCCAAGUCAGAUCCAUAGCAUUCUUCACUCUUGACACCCCAUUCUGAACCUUGCAGGCGCAAUAAAAACGCUACCGUAGCCAAAGAUUCACACAAGUCAAACCACUGUCACACAACCCACAUCCAAAGAUAACACUCCUUGUAAGGACUUAGCCGCAGUUUCUGCACCCAUCAACACCUGCUGAUAAAGAGAAAAGAGAUUGGUUGGUUUGGAAGGAAAACAGUGAAUGUAUGACACGGUGUUUCAGUUUCUCUGCCUAUUCAUCUUCCAAUAAAUUUCAUGUGCAUGGGACAUGGUAUCUUCGAUAAUCGGAAAACAUUCACACACCAUCUGUAACUUCAAGGAUGGAUAUCCAAGAAGAGAGCUCCACCACAGUUGGACCCUUGACAACACCAAGUUUAAGGAACAUGUCAUCCUCAUCUUCAGCUUUUUUUUCUGCUAAUCAGUCACCAUUUUUCUCUCCAAGAUCAUCAUCGUGUCAGUUAUCAGAGUCUUUGCAACCCGAUGCUCCCAGUGACAGAAUUCAUCUAGAUGUUGCUGCCCCCAGUAGCAGUUCAGGGAUUCCAGAACCGAAGUCUCUAGUGAAUGUUGGAUGCACCUUCCCUGAGGUGGCUGCAUCUCCAGCUAGCUGUAAUGCAGGUGAUUUACAGAACCUUGACCGCAUAUCUUCCUCAGUGGGCAUCUCUAGUUGCACUGUGUCUGGUCACUUCCAUCCCUAUGAUGAUAGUUAUUCCGGACAGAAAGAUAAGAGAAGUAAGAAAAGCAGAAACAAAAGAGUAUCCUCAACACCAGGUUCUAGAUCACUUUCUUCUUAUAGAUUAAAGAGUUGUGAUGUCUAUAUAGGAUUACAUGGUCGUAAACCUCCUCUAAUAAGAUUUGCCAAUUGGCUGCGUGUGGAGUUAGAAAUUCAAGGCAUAAGUUGUUUUGUAUCAGAUAGAGCUGGAUAUAGGAACUCUUGUAAGCUAAGCAUUGCAGAGAAAGCUAUGGACAUGGCUUCUUAUGGGAUAGUAAUCAUAACAAGGAAGUCUUUCAAGAAUCCGUACACAAUUGAGGAACUGCAAUUUUUCUCUGGCAAGAAGAACUUGAUCCCUAUAUAUUUUGAUCUGAGUCCUGCUGAUUGUCUUGUGAGGGAUAUAAUUGAGAAGAGGGGUGAGCUGUGGGAAAAACAUGGAGGGGAGCUUUGGCUUUUGUAUGGAGGGUUGGAGCAGGAGUGGAAAGAUGCUGUUCAUGGCCUCUCACGUGUCGAAGAACGGAAGUUGGAAGCUCAGGAUGGAAAUUGGAGAGAUUGCAUUCUGAGAGCUGUCACAUUGUUAGCAAUGAAGUUAGGCAGAAGAAGUGCUGCUGAGCAUUUAACAAAAUGGAGGGAGAAAGUGAAAGAAGAGGAGUUACCUUUCACUCGGAAUGAGAACUUCAUUGGUAGGAAGAAAGAGCUUUCUCAACUGGAGUUUAUGCUUUUUGGGGAUGUUACUGGAGAUUCAAGGCAAGACUAUAUUGAUCUCAAGGCCAGACCCAAAAGAAGGCAUUUGACUAUUUGUCGCAGCAAGAGUAGUGUGCAAGAGGAAAGGCAUGUGGGAAAUGGAAGCAGGGAGGAAAAAACACCAGUUCUGUGGAAGGAGUCAGAAAAAGAGAUUGAAAUGCAAAGCAUUGAGUUUUCUCAGAGGCGAUCAAGGCUCAAACGAGGUGGAAAGUAUACCAGGCGGAAAAAAGGAAUGAGGAUAUUAUAUGGGAAAGGCAUUGCCUGCAUAUCAGGUGAUUCAGGAAUUGGUAAAACAGAACUUAUGCUUGAGUUUGCUUACAGGUUUCACCAGAGAUACAAGAUGGUGCUUUGGAUAGGAGGGGAGAGCAGGUACAUUAGGCAAAACUAUCUUAACCUCAGGUCCUUUUUAGAAGUUGAUGCGAGUGUUGAGAAUAGUUUGGAGAAAACUAGGAUAAAAGGAUUUGAAGAACAGGAAGAAGCCGCUGUUUCUGGAAUCCGCAAAGAGCUAAUGCGAAACAUUCCAUACCUUGUGAUCAUUGAUAACUUGGAAAGCGAAAAGGAUUGGUGGGAUCACAAACUUGUGAUGGAUCUUCUCCCUCGUUUUGGUGGAGAGACUCAUGUGAUUAUAUCAACGUGCCUUCCUCGUGUGAUGAACUUGGAACCUCUGAAGCUUUCAUACUUGUCUGGAGUGGAGGCAAUGUCUCUAAUGCUGGGAAGUGGCAGGGAGUAUUCAGUUGCUGAGGUUGAUGCUCUUAGAACCAUUGAGGAGAAGCUUGGAAGGUUGACUUUGGGGCUUGCCAUUGUCAGUGGAAUUUUGUCUGAGUUACCUAUAACACCAAGCAGGCUCUUAGAUACCAUAAACAGAAUGCCCUUGAAGGACAUGUCUUGGUGUGGUAAAAAAGCUCCCUCAUUCAGGCAGAACAGUUUCCUCCUGCAACUUCUUGAUGUUUGUUUCUCAAUAUUUGAUCAUGCAGACGGCGCCAGAAGCUUGGCAACCAGAAUGGUGCUGGUAAGUGGAUGGUUUGCACCUUGUGCAGUUUCAGUUUCUUUAUUGGCACUUGCUGCUCAGAAGAUACCAGAAAAGCAAAAGGGGACUUGUUUCUGGAGAAAACUACUGCAAUCCUUAACAUGUGGAUUCACAUCCUCACACACCAAAAAAUCAGAACUAGAAGCAUGUUCUCUGCUGCUGAGAUUCAACAUUGCAAGGAGUAGUACUAAGCAAGGACAUAUACAUUUCAAUGAAAUGAUCAAACUAUAUGCUCGGAAAAGAGAAGUUACAGGGUCAGCACAAGCAAUGGUUCAGGCUGUUAUGAAUCAAGGGUCAAUAUCUGAAAGCAUAGAGCAUUUAUGGGCUGCAUGUUUUCUGCUAUUUGCAUUCGGUCACAAUCCUGCGGCUGUUGAACUCGAGGUUUCAGAGCUGUUAUAUCUUGUUAAAAAGGUGGUUCUGCCUCUUGCAAUUCACACAUUCAUUACCUACUCCAGAUGCAGUGCUGCUCUAGAGCUUCUGCACCUUUGCACCAAUGCUUUGGAGGCUGCAGACCAAGCAUUGGUUACCCCAGUUGACAAGUGGUUCGAUAAAUCACUGUGCUGGAGGUCCAUACAGACUAAUGCUCAGUUGAAUCCUUGUCUUUGGCAAGAGUUGGCUCUGUGUAGAGCCACUGUGCUUGAGACCAGAGGCAAGCUAAUGCUAAGAGGUGCACAAUUUGACAUAGGUGAUGAUCUAAUCAGAAAAGCUGUUUUCAUCAGAACUUCAAUUUGUGGUGAAGAUCAUCCAGAUACAGUAUCUGCUCGUGAAACAUUAAGCAAACUCACUAGACUAAUUGCAAAUGUCCAAAUUCGAGCUUCGGCAUAAACUUUAUUCUGCAUCUUGUAAGCAAACUCUAGAAUCAUCAUCAUACACUAGAUUUUUAGAAUAAAACUAGUUCUGUAUACUCUUUCAUGGAACUUUCUACAGCAUAUUUUAAAAGUCUAAUACGAGAUACAAUUUGAUUUAAGAACUAUUCCUUCUUCUUCACU